AUGUUCCCUCGCAAGCCUCGUCAAAAUUUCGGGAGUCCGGAAGAGCAGCCUGACAUCACGACGUCCCAAAUCGGAGCACGCCUGGAGGCAUGGCUGCAUAGCUGGAAAGGGCCCCCUCUCGAAGACGCCGCCAACCUGCGUGCGCGGCGCCUGCGCUCAGCCGUUGCGCAUAUUCAUAGAGCUCUCGUGAACCAACCCGAGAUGUCCUCGCUUCAAUUUGCCCAAGCAUGGCGGUUUCUUCGAGACCAAGUUGCGGAAGCAGUCUCCCAGGAGCUGUUCACUGCCGGACCAGUCAUCGGGUGGGCACAGGAGCUCGCUAACGCUGAGCGGGUGGACCUGGAAGUAGCGCAUCUAACGCCAGACGCUCCUCCCCAGAUGGCGAACGUCCGCCGCUUUUUUUACGAGCACGGUUGGCCAGCGGAUCAAGUAAUGCCAUCGCGUACUGGGCGUGCUAGCCUGAACUUGGGUCCGGGACAGUGGUGGGGACCAUUUGUAUGCGGUCGUCGCAUCACGCGGGAGAACAUCGCGCGUUGGGAUGCCAGUCGUCGCAAAACCAUACAUCGUAGGCGCCAGACGGGUCAGCCUUUCCCUUCGGAUAGCGAGGAGGGUGAAGGAGGCGAAGAAGGAGAGUCCGGGGUCACGGAUGCGGAGGUAGACGAAAUCGCAGUCGAAGUCGAGCACCUUCUGCUGGAGUGA